AUGAUUCUAGCACUAGCCAACCGUAUUCGAUGGCAAGGAAAUUGGGCUUUUAGCUGCGACUUUCCUGGCAAUGAUAUCAAUGAUGUUCACGCCUCUGGUGGAGAAUGUGGUGGAGAAUGUUCAAGAACACCAGAAUGUACUCAUUUCUCUUGGACUUCAUGGCAAGGUGGUACUUGUCGGCUUAAAAAGGGACUGAUUUCCAAGAGUCAAGCGAUUCAAGCUGUUGAUAAGACUCAGAUCUGUGGAAUAAUAAUCGAUUCAGGACCGAGUGAUCCUCCAUUAACACCAAUUCCAGGUCCACCGGGGCCACGCGGACAAAAAGGUGAUCGAGGUGCUCGGGGACCACCGGGUAACAAAGGAGAACCGGGAACAAUGGGUCUGACAACACAUUCUUCUUGCCUUUCGCCAACAGAAUUUAAUAAAUAUAUGACUUCAUUUAAAAAUGAAGCUCAAGUAUUGAAACAACAUGCCAUAAUGAUCGAACAACAAGUGAAAGUAGUAAACGUUUUCCGAUCGAGUAUCCAAAAUCUUACCAAAAUAUUAGACAGCAGAGCGUUUCCCGAAGUCAAUACGUCGCAAACACCAAUAAUAAACAAUCCAAUGAAUCCCACAUUCGAAUUUUGGCCGCCAACUGAAGUCUGGUGUCCCUGGCGAACCGAUAGUUGUACGCAGAUGAUUUCUCGACCUGGUCAAAUGACCAUCGUCAUGGAUCAAGCAGUACAACUGGCAUUUGAACUUCAUUUGUCGAUUAGUAAUGAUCCAACAAAUACUAGUUAUGCUAUUCGUCUCGCAGUUACUACGCAACAAGUACAGAUUAGCAAAAUAGUCGAUGGUCUAACGAUAGGUAUAAAUCAAACGACUGAACACGAUUAUGUUUUACAUGAAGAAAAAAGUGUGUAUUGGUUGAGCCUCGAUUAUAUGGCUUUAUCAGUUAAAUAUGGUCAAGGUGAAGUAAGAGAUAGGUACCCACCAUUGUUAGUGGUAGAACCGGACAAAGCAGGUCUUGAUGUAUUUCUUAAUAACUCGGCUAUUCUCUUGACCCGUUUGAAAGAACCAUGUCGAUUAUUAUACUAUGAUAUUCUUGGUUGGAAAUUUCAAGACGAUGCUUUUCCUUAUUUUUUUGAAGCUAUCGAGCAAAGUAUUCGGAAUGAAUCAGGUUGGUGUUACAAAAAACUAAAAGAAAAAUUAACAAGAUUCAAUAUAUCGAAUCCACAUGCUAUUUAUCUAAGAAUUACUGUUGGCAUGAAUCGAGGUACUCCAACCGGCGUUCCCUAUGUUCUGGAAAUUUGGCCACCAGGUCACUACAGUCCCAUUCAUACUCAUAAUGAUACUUAUGGAAUUAUUCGAGUUCUAUAUGGUGAAAUUAACGUGAAACUCUAUCGAACAUUAAGUUCAGAACGAAAAAAUCCAUUUCAUGAAAUGACCCUCUACAAAGAUCAAGCUACUUGGCUUUCGCCCGAUUCUUCUCAAUCCCAAGAGAAGACAUGGAUUGCCAAAGCUGAUUUACAUAAUGAUUCGAGUCCUCUCUCAGUUGGCACAUUAACAUUUACGCAAGCAAAUGUGGUUGGAUCACCAGUUCGUGUUACUGGUACUUUAACAAAUUUAGAGCCCAACACCCGAUAUCAUGGAUUUCAUGUACACAUGUUUGCCUUACCCGAUGGCAUAUGGGAUUGUUCUCAAGCUGGAGCUCAUUGGAAUCCUUAUGAGACAACUCAUGGCGGUCGAAAUGAUCCGACUGAACGAAGACAUGUUGGAGAUCUUGGGAAUAUUUGGUCUGAUGCAUUUGGUACUGUCACCAUUGAUAUCGAAGACUCUAUCAUUCAAUUACAUAAUAAAACAAAAAGUUCUAUUUUAAACAAAUCAAUUGUGGUUCACAAAGAUGAAGACGAUCUUGGUCGUGGUACCUAUAGUGACAGUCAUACGACAGGCCAUGCAGGUGCGCGUCUCGCUUGCGGUAAUAUUAAACUGGUAGAUGAAGCUUCAACUAUUAGUCCAGUGACACGUGUUCUCUGGCCGUUCGAUUUGAAUACCAACGAUUUGAAUAAUAUUUACAAGAGUGAUCCGGUGAAUAGUCCAUCAUAUGUACCAUCACCGGUGAGCCAAACAGCUAUUCAUCUUCGAUCAUCGCUACAACAAUCGGUGACAAUCAUUCAACCAUUCUUGAAUUUUGCUCGUAUUUCAUUUACGGUGAAAUGUUGGAUCUAUCCGACAUCGUUAUCUGUCUAUGACAAUACCAUUCUCUCGCAAUGUCAAAAUCAACCAACACGAAUUUGUCUACAAUUGGGUCUACGAAAUGCGACCCUCUUUAUGGGAUUAUUUGAAGACUAUUUAAAAGGCAAAACAGUACUGAAAGCAAACAAUUGGUAUCAUGUAGCAUAUGUUUUCGAUGCAGCAUCACUUCAACAAGCAGUUUAUCUGAAUGGUAAACAAGAUGCCAUGAGAAAAGCAUCGAAUAGUUAUCAAGGUACAGAAGGUAUUCUGACUAUUGGAACAUCGAAAAGUAGUCGAAUACAUCAAACUUAUUUCGACGGUUACAUCGAUCAACUUUCGUUUGUAUCACUAGUUAAAAGUGUCGAUGAAAUCUGGCGUGAUGCCACUACUAUUAAUAUUCCAUCAGUAAAUUGUGAUGCUCAAAUGGCAAUUAUUCAACAACAAGCAAAAACAAUCGAACAACAAAUUUUGACGACAAAUAACCUCUGGCAAUCAAGUAUGGAAACUGUAUCAUCUAUAUGGGAACAACAGCAUCAAGGAAUUUACGAUGUCAGUCCUCCAUCUGGUAUUCACAUUUGGAAACGAACUGAAACUUCAAUAUAUGAUUUUAGGCCUCCGAAUAAACUUUGGUGCCCUUGGCGAGCAGACUGUACGCAAGUUCUAGAUCAAAAUGGCCAAAUGACCAUUGAAAUGGAUCAGAUGGAGCCUCUACCAUUUGAGUUACGUGCAUCAAUCAGCAAUAAUCCAACCAAUGACACUUAUGUAGUUCAUCUUUAUCUCGAUCAUCAUCGAGCACAGAUCAGUAAAACAGUCAAUGGACAAAAAAUGAUUAUUAAUCAGACGAACGACUAUGAUUGUGUUUUAUAUAAUGAAAAAGUUCGCGGCAAUUAUUGGUUGAGUAUCGAUUAUUCGAAUUUGUUUGUCAAAUAUGGUCAAGGUGAAGUACGAGAUCGAUGUACAGUGCUUAGAAGUGAUAUUCCAAGCAAUGAAAGCAAUCAUGUACGACAAAUUCAAUUUGUUCAUAUCUCACUUAACAACAGUCGUGACAUAGCUAAAUUGAAACAGUUUGAAUACAAAGUUAAAUUAAAAUUGGGUCGAAAUCCAGUGGUCUACGAUCCGCCAUUGAUUGUCGUUUCGCCGAAGAAUUAUGAUUUGAAUGACUAUCGAGACAAGGCAACGAUACCAGUGACAAGACUAGAUCCACCUUGUCAAGCUCUGUAUCAUGAUGUGAUUCAUUGGCGAUUUCAAGAUGACGAAUUUCCGCAUCUUUUUGAGGCGAUUGAGCAAAGUGUUCGAAAUGAGUCAGGCUGGUGUCGUAAAAGAUUAAUCGAAAAAGCCAAUCGAUUCGGGAAGUCGAAUAUUUUAGCUACUUAUUUAAGAAUCACCGUUGGACUUAAUCGAGGCACGUCACCUGGUGUUCCUUUUGUCGUGGAAAUUUGGCCACCUGGUCACUACAGCCCGAUUCAUGCGCACGCCAAUACUUAUGGCAUUAUCCGAGUAUUGAACGGUGCGAUUAAUGUGAAACUUUAUCAAACAUUGUAUGUGAAACGACAGAAACCUUUCUACCAAAUUAACAUUGCCACAGGUCAAGUUACUUGGCUUUCCCCUGGUUUAAAUCAAAUUCAUAAAUUAGAGAACAUAACACCCAAUCAAACAUGUAUUACUAUUCAAGCUUACGAAUAUAGAAGUGAUGAAGUGAGUAACUAUGAAUUUUUUGACUAUAUUAACAAUGAUGGGAACGAGAUCCGUCGAUUUGAUCCCGUAUCUGAUAUAGAUUAUUUUCAAUUCAAAAAGAUCAUGAUGGACGAAUGGAAUAACAAACUUUGA